AAGUCAACUUGGCAAAGGGACCAGUCGUGUUCGUACCGUCGUCGAGUCGUGUUGUUAAUCGUGCAUUAGCGGACGCGUCGUUGCGAAGCGAAAAUCUAAGAAAAAAAUUCAUGAAAACAGAAGAGCAAGAAGUAAAUUGUGACUUAGCAGAAAAUCUUUAUUGAAAUGCAGAAAAUCAGAGGCGAUUUGCAUUGAAAUUUGAAAAAUAAUUAUUAAAUCAGUUAAAAUUUACGAAAAUCGUCUGAAAUAUUGAAAUUUGUGAAAGUAUAGGUGGAAAAUUACGUUUUACCUUCACUUUCGUUCCACGUCGUCCCCGAAGAAAACUCAAUUCUGCCCACACGUUUUCACACACACACACACACACACACAAGUCUAUCUGCCUACAGACUACUUCAAAAUUGUAUACGUAAACGAAUUAUUUAGAAGUGUAUGUACAAGCACACCCACACAUACACACAUUUAUACGUGUACUAAUUGAAAGCGAAACAUCACAAACACACACAAGCGAUUUAAUUUAAUAUCACUGUACACGUUGUUGUUGUUGCCGAAACAUUGUUGCCGUCGGUUGUUCAAUCUGGUUACCAAUCUACCUGCACACAUACACACACACACACAUCUAUGAGUAUAUAUGAAUUUGUGUCUCUGCAACUGCCACACAAAGUGAAUUGGUGAGAAAAAAGUAAAAAAAGCAAAAAAAAACACUGCAAAUAAACUACGCACAUUUCCCUUUAGCGACGCGUACUCAGCCAUAACGGUUUUUUGCGCCUCUUUAACGCCAUCUACGCAAUAAAAUAAGUCGCUUUGAAGUCUAAACGCCGUCAAGGAAGACGUUCUUACAAGCCGCUCGAAAGCAUAGAAACGCGACAACUCCGUGUAUUUGUGUAUUUUGUUUGUUCUGAACGCUGUCGUUUUCGUUUGGUUGGGAUCUGAAGACGUAAUAAUAUAUUCGGCGCCACAUUUGCCGCAUCAAUCGGCGCCAACCGAACCACCAACCCACGCCCUAACAGCGGGAGAUACCCUUCUUCCACACUUUAUUCCCCCAACAGCCGGAAAUAUAGUGGACAUUUACAGUGUGUUUCGUGCAAGCAUUUCUGGUUUGUGUUCGGCAACGUCAUCGCUUUGAUUAACCAACGGGAAUUUUGCGUCUGGUGGUUUGGUUUCGAAUAAGUUUUAGUGCUACAAAGUAAAAACCUUCCUUAUGAUCGGAUCAUUUUGGAAUUUGUGUAGAGCGUGCCCAUCAAUGCCGGUCGACAAGCAGCUCCAUUCGGAGUAUCGGAGCACUUAUCGCUGGCAUGAGUUCACAGGCAAUUCGCGGCCAGAAGUGGUGCGUCGUGCGCCAGCACCCAAUCCAAGUCAAUUCAUCGCCUCAUUAACAGGUCCAACGAAUGAGCCACCAUUACCCAGGCGGAAAAAAUGUCCAGAGUUGGCAUACAAGUCGCACGAAUUCAUUAUCGGUUCGGAGUACACAGAUACGAGAGGUGGACAUGCUGGUGCCAAUCGGUUAGCCAGGUCGGAAGAACGCGGUACACCAUCGCGUCGGAGCAAAUCUGAGGGACCUCCAGCUGUGCCCAAUGGACGUGCGUAUGCCAUACCAGAGGAGGUUGAUGGACCGGCAAAAAAACAGGCGGGUGAGUCAAAUGGCCUAUUCAAAAAGACCAUCUCAAAAUUGAGCACAGAAUAUCGUUUGCAAUUCGUUUGGCCCAAUGUCCGACGAAUAAAGGGCAUUGAGGCCGGCGAUGCGGCGGAUCACCCCCGAAAAUCAAUAUCAAUGGGGGCGCUCAAAGCUAGCCAACAACAACAGCAACAGCAGCAACAACUGCAUCUCAGGCAACACCCACAACCGGCAAUGCCAACCGUUCAUAAAAAACGUACAACAAAUCAGAAAGAAGCUACACUACAUGAGCUGGAGCCGCUGGUUAGCGAUGCAGAAGAAAGCAAACCACAAGAAAAACAAGUCACCAUUGUUGAGAAGGUCGAACGAAAAAUGACUAUACGACCAUUCUCGCAAGCUUUCGACCAAGAACGCACCAAUCACUUCAUAACCAAGAAGGAGAACUUUGGCUUUGACGAGAACAAGGGCGGCGUCGGUGUGGACAAUAAGCAGCAACAGCAGCCGGAACAGGAAGUGCUCUUGAAUGGCACAGCACCGCCACGCUCGCAGCCGAAUUUGGAUUUGUGGUUCAAGGAGGUAGUCGAACUGCGAAAGAAGGCCGGCGAGUACAAGUGUCGCGGUUGGGGCAUAGAAAUCGAUCCGGAGCUGUACAAGAAGCAAAAGGACCUUUGGGAGCAGGUUUCCAAGCGCAGUUCACUGUCUGCCUUAUCAUUAGCAUCUUCCGUGCAUAGACCUAUUACUAAGGAGGAGAAGGAGCAGGAGAAUAAUAAAAAAUCCAUACCAUUAAGUAAAGCCACACAAAAAACUCGAGUUCCUGGCCAUGCCCAUUUGCUUGAUAAUAAAGAUGAGAUUUCCGCACUGCCAGCUCGCUUUAGCAAUAUACGUCAUCAUUUGGAGCGCACCACCGGUCCCGAUGUUGAGGAGGGUGCACUGCUGCCAUCGCCCACACGCGAAAAGCUAAUGCCGGCAAUCACCAAACGUGAGUCCGAAUCACAACGCGGCAGCCCCAAGAAGACGGCCGCCUCACGGCAUGGCUCACCACAAAAGGGCAGUCCACAGAAGGGCAGCCCCAAGAAGGUGAUCAAAACGCGUUCACAAUCCGUUGGUCCGGCCGAGCAUGUCUCGCCGAAGCGUCAACUGCGCUCCGCCAGCACAGCGCCUAGCGCCCGGCUAACGGCUGGCAAGAAGACACCCGUUGUACCUCAUCAUGCGACAAGCACUGGAACGGCCGCAAGCGGAACCGCCGUCGAACGUAAGCCACGCCCAUCCACCCUAUCCACCACACUCCAUUCACGUACGAAGAGUAGUUCCCUACCACCGCCCAGCGGCAGAGCUCAGUCAGCUUCUGCUACUGCGGCUACCACUACUACUACAACUAACGCAACAGCUGCAAAACAGUCGAAAUCCACACACGAACCCACGAAAUACCCGAAGUCCAGUCAGCUGUGCAAAAACUUCACACAAACCGCAUACGGUAUGCCGUUAUUGCGCAAGAAGGAUAAAGACAAGACAAAUUUGAUAAAUCUUGGCAACAGCAGAGUUGGUGAGAGUCGUACUGUCAAAGCGCGCCCGAAGUCCACAGGUGCUGCCAUAAAUGUAACAGCAAGUGGUGCAAAGCCCGCCAGACCGGUUUCCCUCACCGAGGCCACACUGCUGCCAAGUAAGACUGCUACGACAACAAAGGCGACCACGCCUAAAAUCGCCACCAAUGUCGCGAAAAUUGAUGCAACAACAACAAAACCAUUGGCAAAAGAAUUGAAAAGCGAUGAAGGAAAACAGAAAACAGCAGCAACAACAGCAAAAGCUUCAGCUCCAGCUGUUGUCGCAGGCAAGGACGCCGAAAUAUUGCAACCAAAACAAAAGGACACUGCAAUGGCGCUCAAAACGGCAGAUCCCAUGAUGACUAGCGUAUUCGGCGCGCUACCAAAUGUUGAGGCUGACAGUAAAGAUGUCUCCAAUCUCAUGACCGCUAGCGUGUAUGGUCGACUCGGUGGCAAUCGCGUCACUGAUCCCAUGUUGACGAGUGUAUUUGGACAAUUGCCUGCUGGAGAGGUUGCCGGAGACGCUGCACGCAAUAUUGCCGUUGGUGGUAGUGGCAGCGGUGGUGGUGAUGAUGUUGGUGGUGGCAGUGGUGUUGGUAUGGUUAGUGGUGCUGGUGGUGGUGGUGUUGAUGUCACAGCGGUCAAAACCGUUGAGCCAGUAUUGGCCAAAAAUCUCACCUUGACUGGCUUAACGGUACCAUACGCGCGGGAUCAUAAGAAAUCCGGUGAAAACGAUGCUGAAGAUGGGCGCGAUACUGCUAUAUCUGUGUCGAGUUGCAGCCCACAGCCGGCGCCUGAAAUACCUGAUGAGCCUAUUGUUAAAUCGCCACCAGAGCCUACACGCGUCAAAUCGCCAGAGCAGAUAUUAAUGCGCUCGCCGGAUCCGGUCAAUUGGACCGUGCCACUGGAUACAGGGAAAACAUUCACUGUUACGCAGAACGUGAAAGAGGGUGAAAACUAUAGUCGGCCACAGAGCGAAAUAAAGGCUUCGACACCGGUCGAGAAGCCACCACCACCACCACAAUCGGCACCGCCACAACUAACCGAACAGGCUAAAAUGGACGCCUGGAAACAUGCCGAACCGAAGAUGGGCACCACAAGUCCAACCGGUACCGUUGGUGCUGGACGCUCAAUUGUCGCCACGCAGCCAACCGCUGGCGCUGGUGGUCUGCCAUCACCUCCACCAUCGCUGGCAUCAACAGCAAUAGCAACCGGUAAGCCAGUGCCUGGCUCAACAUUGCGCUGCCUCGAUGACCCCAUCUUCGAUGUGGACAUUGGCCAUUUGGGUGGUGGAGGUGGUGGUGUUGGUGGUGUCAGCGCUGGUGGCGGUGGCAACACUUCGUCAUCGUCCACGUCGACCACCACGGCGGUGACAGCACGCACCACAGCGAACGAUGUGCUAGAAAAGGCUCGUGACCGUUUCGAUCGCUUCUGGGGCGGCAGCAAGGAGGAGCAUGUUUAAGUUGACGCUUGUUCGAAACCAAUUACAAUGAAACAAUGUUCAUUCCAAAUGAAAGACGCUGGUCGAAAUGAUGUUGGUGAUGAUGUUGAUUAUUUUGAUGAAAAUGUAAUUGCUAUUAAAGCAACGUAGGCCGCACUGAGGUUAGAGUUUUGAGGUAGACUGCAUGAAGUUCAGCUGAGAUUUUUAUACUCAACGACAGACAGCCGGUUAGUCAAAUUCAUUAAAUAACUUUUAUAAUAAUUGCAAUAACAACUAAUUACUAUUAAAAUGUGUAACACAAAGUGAAUAUGUAACAACAAAAGCAAAUAUAACAAAUAAGUGAACAGAAAAAUCAGAAACACGAAACAUAAGUGUGAAAAAAACUAGCAUAGAAUAAAACAAACAAGACAAGCAGAUAUGUAAUAAAAGUUUUUAGUGCAAAGUACUUGCAUGAAAGGCAUAGCAAUAAUAUGAAAAUCUAAGUAUGCAGUGUGUCAAACUAAAUACCUUCACACACACACACACACAUACACGCAACCACACAAACUCUUACUACAGCGCAAAUUACACGCAAGCAAACACUGCGUUAGCGUUGCGCUCUUUAAGGCCACACCAAUUGACACACUCGCGCUAUAAGCCACGACAACAUUAGAAAAUCUAGAUAUUUUAUUAAAUUAACAAAUCAAAUCUUGUCAUAUAUAACUAAAUAGUUUAAUCAAAUGCAUAUGUAUGUGUUGGAAUAGUUCAUUGAAAAAGACACAGGGUGGCAGGAUUUCAAUUCAUAGUUUUUACUAAGUCUACACACAGCUAAAUGAAAGAUGUUUUUAAAUUAAGUGUUUUCCAAUUAAGUCAUAAGCAAAAAACUGUUGAAACACCAAACUGAAGAUACCAAACAAUAAGCUUUGAUGUCGCUUCAUAAGCUUAACUGAUAACUGAUGAUAACUUCAGAUUAUUUCAGCGGUGAAGUACAUUUUGUUGCGAAAGAAUAAAAUUUAUUCUGAGCGAAAGAGUGGACAUUAAUUGUUUGAUAUAUACAGUUUAAAUUUUGAAAUUAACCAGAGCUAUUAGUUGGAAUUUUGUAAGCUUUGUUAAUGAAACUGUUGAGAAUCUUAACAAUUUUCGCCGAUAUUAUCGAACGUUUUUUGAAGGAACAAAAUGAGCAUGAAAAAUAUUACAUAAAAUUUAAAUUAAUUUAUUUAUUAAGUCGUGUUUGCCACUUAAUUCGCGGUAAAUUUCAUUAAGUAAAUUGUAGCAAUUAAAGCUGUUGAUUUCUUUUCGUCGAUAAUUUAGUAGAAUUUAAAAAUAAUUUUUUUUUCAAGAGACUCAAAUGCACUCGACUGAAAGAUACUACGUUAAAUGUGUAUUAAUUUCAUUAAUUAGCAAUUUAAAUUGUAUUGAAAUUGUCAAUUUGUAUUGAAUAAUUAUGAAUAUUAAUCCCUAUGUUUGCGUUUCUUUGAUUUAUUUACAUCAGGUUUAACAAAAUUUCAGUACAACUUUUCUGACAUGCCUGAAUCACCAAAACUAUGUAUAACUACAUACAUAUGUAUACUAUGUAUGUAUAAGUACUACUAGAAAUUUCGGAUAUCGUAGCAAAAACCAACAAAGAGGCUUGACUUCCAAAAUACUGCUUUUAAGAAAUAUUUGUUAAUCAAACUUAGGAAAUAAAGGCAAUUUUAAGGGAAUUUAAAAUUUAUGUGACUGCGCGGUUUACAACUUUUUUUUUCAUGGUAGUACAUAUAACACAAAGGCAUUCAUUUUAAAUAGAUAUGCGUUCAAUUGUUCAUUAUCAUUAUCUUUUAUCAACUUUGGGCAUUUUAUGUGAUGUAGUUUUUAAAUAUUUAUAGAAAAUCCGAAUCUAAGAAUUUCCUUCAGUCAAGGUCUCUUUCAAAUUGAGUUUCUUAUGUACCCAUUCCGAUUAUAUGACAAAUUGCCAGACAGCAGGCGAGUUCGAUAAGAGCAAGCUUUUACUCCGAUUGCAAGCAAUAUAUUUUAAAAAUAGCCACCGUUAUUAGUGGUUAAAUCCUCAAUUGUUAAAACUCUGCAAAGAUUAUUCUUCUAGAAAAUCGUAAAGCGCUCAAUUGGAAAUCAAUUCUAAGGCAUAGAGCCAAAGUUUUCUGAUAUUUUAGUAUUGCUUACGUAAUAGUUUAUAAUGAGAUUAACCAUUAACUGAAAAAAGAAAAAUAUUUGAAAAAUACUUGGAAACUGACAUUUCGUUAAAGAGAGUGUAGUUUCUGCAGAGAAUUGUUUCCUCUUCAACAGUUUAUUUCCACGUAGAUAAAAAAAGUAAAAAAGUUGAGUCAUUCCAGAAGAGAAGAUAGGUUCGACAUUAUUAAAAUUUUUAAUCGAAAUUUCAGAUUCAAGUUCGGAAAAUCCACUCAUUGUUCUUAUUAAGUGUGAAAUUUAUACAAAAACUCUUUGUGAUUAAUUUUUCGUAAAUCAACACCCAUGAAGCAGAAAAUUUUAUUUUUUUGUUAAACUCCAGGCGUGCAGUAAAAUGGAAACUGAAAACUAACUAAAUGUUUGGGGAAUAUAAACUCAGCAUAUAUAUGUAUGUAUAUUUAGAAAAUGUGUUCAAUUGUCUAAGAACUCAUUAAUAAUAAGCUCAAUACGCAUGUACUUAUGUAUGUAUGACUCUAAAAUAGUUGUCUUUAAUUUAUAAUAUUUUUGGUAAAUUAUUAAAUGUAUGCCAAUGCGAAAUAUUUCUUUUGCAGCUUAAGACAAAUAUAAAGACAAAUUGAAUUUGUGCGCAAAACAAGGAAGUUUUUAUUGUUAGUUAGAGAAGCAAGAGAGUAGGAAGACGUAAUUAUUGAGAGGCUUUAUUUUAAGUUUGAACUAACUCGAUUUUUGUUUUUUAUAGAGAAGAAUUAGUAAACAUUUAGAUAAUUUUUAUAUUAUUUUGUAGCCAUAUUAUUUUUAAAAAAUGAAAUAGCUGAAAAACAAAUAAUAUUAAAAAAUGUUAUAAAAAUGUCCAUUUAAUUUUUCUAUUCUUCUGUUUAAGUUUUUAAUAUUUUUACUGUUUUUCUUUUAAAUUGGUUUAUAAACACGAGCAUAUGCGGCAAAUAAGAUAAACAAUUAAAAAUAUAUAUAUUUUUUAAUUUUUUUAAUUAAUUUAUCAUUUAUUCCUUUGCCCAUAUUAGCGGAUUAUAUUUAAAGGUGUCGUUAAUGAGUGGCUUGAAACACUUGCUAUUAAUUAGCUCACAUUAUUGCAUUAAGACACAUACGCAUACAUAUUAAUAAAAAUCGUAAUCAACCAUCAUCAAAUCAAAAACAUCAUCAUCACUUCAUAUAUGAAAAGUAGGCAACAGAAAAAGACCCGUCCAAAACAUAUAUAAAAAAUACAAGCUUGAACAACUAUAAGGAAACAUUUUUGAACUAAAGUAAAUAUAACUAAAGUAAAUUUAGGAGCAACAAAAGUAGAGAGAUAACUACUUACAACCUCUAAAUAAAUAACAAAAACAAAAACGCACGCAUAUACAUACAUAUAUGCCUAUUAUGUGUAUAUGUUACACAAUAGGGUUGUAUUUCUGUGUGAGCAUUGCAAAGUGAAAGUGUUCGCCAGUUUUAAAUGUUUUUAACAAAACACAAAAACAUACUUGCAUAACAGCAUGCCAGCACUUUCUUAUAUAAAUAAUAUAAUAAUAAUAACAAACAUAUGGUAUGCAACGGCGCGUUUGCAACAAAUGUGUGGGGAAUUUUCAUGUUGAAAAGCUAAGCAAAUUCAUAUUAAAAAAAGAUCAAGAAUAUGCGGUUGUUGUUUUGAUAAUUUGUGGCAGAUCUCUGUGGAAAUAAGCGCAAAAGUGAAACAUUAUUAUUAAAAAGUUUUGAAAAUUAUGUGGGUCAAAAUACCAUCACUUAUAUAUGUAGAUGAUUUCGAGACGGCGAGUGGAUUGUGAACGUACUAUUGAAGGUGUCAGACAAAAUUAACCAAUACAAUUGUUUAUGGCAUUUACUUAUUGUGUAAGUUAAGCAAUAGUUUCGAAAAAAAUCACCAAAACAAGAAUUCAAAUAUUUGUAAAAUAAUGUUUUAAUUAAAAACUUAUUUAAAAAAAAACUAAUGAAAGCUAUUUUUGUUAUUAAAAGCUUGCAAAAUAUUUCAGCGCAAUUUUUUUUUGUAACAAAAGGUUGGUUCUCUAAGUGAACUCCUGCAUAAAUUACAAUUUAAUUCAAUAUUGAUUUAAAGUUUCCCAAUUAUUAUCGAGUUUGACAAAUAUUUUGAUAAAAAGGCAAGCGCCGACAUUUUUGAACGCAAAUAAAUAUUUAUUUAUUAAGCAUCAAGUAGCCUUUAUGUAAUGCCUCAAUCAAUGCAUAUAAAAUAAUUGUUAUACUCGUAUUUGUUAUAGAUGUAGUACUAAUAUCGCUUGUGCAUAUAAGAAUUAUUUAAAUAAAAGUUUGUUAGCGCUUAUUAGCAAAACAUGGGAGUGUGACAGAUGUUUUUUUUUCAUUACAUUCACGUUGUUGCUUCAUACUAAUGCUGAGGAUUGGAUAUGUUUGUUUGUAACUUGUCUGAUUUCGCGAUAUAACGAACUUAAAGCGAGAUUUCGAUACUUGUGGAUUUAUGAUUUUUUUUUAAGAUUUCUGAUUUAUGAUUUAUGAUUUAUGAUUUAUGAUUUAUGAUUUAUGAUUUAUGAUUUAUGAUUUAUGAUUUAUGAUUUAUGAUUUAUGAUUUAUGAUUUAUGAUUUAUGAUUUAUGAUUUAUGAUUUAUGAUUUAUGAUUUAUGAUUUGUGAUUAGUGAUUAAUAACUUAUGAUUUAUAAUUAAUGAUUAAUGACUAAUGAUUUAUAAUUAACGAUUAAAGAUUUAUGAUUAAUGAUUUAUGAUUAAUGAUUAAUAAUAUAUGAUUUAUGGUUAAUGACUAGCGAUUUAUAAUUAUUUAUAAUUAACGAUUUACGAUUAAUGAUCAAUAAUUUAUGAUUUAUGCUCUAUGAUUUCUGAUUUAAAAUCUUAGGAGAACUCUUUCAAAGAAUCAAUGUUGUUUAUGGUAUGUGUAAAGAAACUGAAUUGAAUUUCAUGUAAAAAAAAGCGUUAUCAACAUGAAACAGUUGACAAAGUAUUAAAGUAUAAGAAGCGUAUUGCUUCAGAUUAUUAAAAUUUUUGCAUGUUAAAAUACCACUUAUUAUUUACCGUAAUAUAAGUGAAAUAAAAUCUCUCUAUAUAUAAUAUACUAAAAAAUUAUGCUUAUACCACAUAUUAUUGAUUGGCAAGUAUUAUAAAUAGUUCAAGCUGAAAAACUUAUAUCGGAGUUAUUUGAGCCUUCUGCGGUAAGAAACGACAUUGGACCACUUUAUGAACGAUUGAAAAAUAAGUAAAAAAAAAACAUAUUUAAGAAAAACAUACUUAAGCACUGAGUCUGCUAAAUAGUAACAAGCUGCAAAUUUCUUGCAUUUAUUUGCAUAAUAAACAGGGUAAACUUAUAUCGCGCAUACUUCUUUUUUAGUUUAAUUAAUUUGUUUGGAACCAUAUUGAAAAUCUCAUUGCCACAGAGCUGACAAAACGAAACUAUAAAAUGGGUGAAUCCGCAGAUAAUAGAGAAGUAGAGAAAUGGAUUGAGAAAAUACAACAAAUUUAUUUAAAAUAGUAAAAAACAUAAUCUCUAAAUAACAAUAAAAAUUCUCAAUAAAAGUCAUAUUAGAGUAAGAAAAAAAAAACAAUAAUGAUUUGCAAUGUUUUAAAAUCUAGUUAGUGACAGCAAAAUCAAUUUUUUUCACUGGCAAGGAUACAAAAAUGAAGAAAAUAAACCAAUAAGUAAAUCCAUAGAUUAGUAACUUAGGCAAAACCGAGAGAUCACCUAUAACUUUGAAAACCGAUGCGCAUGCAGUUCAAUGUCUAACAAUAUACUAAAUGUAUGUAGGUACUCAUAGUAGUCUAAUAGCUAAAGAAAUACUAAAAUUUAAAAACAAUAAAUCUGUAAAAGAAAAAUCUAAAAUAGAAUAACUAACAAAUGCCAUAAAUAUAAAAAAAAUUAAAUAAAUUGCAAGUGCGGGAAAAUUACUGAGAAGAUUGGUUAAAAUUCUAUUCUAUUGUAUAUGUUGUAGUGAACUACUGAGGCAAAAGUGAAAGAUGUUAAGAGUAGGCGCAUAUCGCAAAAAGAACAACCACUUUUAAGUUAUAGUAUACACAAUACUACAUCUAUAGCUUUUCAACAGGCGAGAAACAAAUGAGUCUUAAACUUUCAUACAAUCGGCUGGAUUUCCUCCACCAAGCGUCAAAGCAGCUUGUCUAAAUAGUUGUGAAAGUCAGUUGGAGAAAUCUGUAUUUCGGACUCAUAUUGACUCAUAUAAGCUUUCGUAUAAUAAUACAGCAGCCGAUUCCAUAUUAAAGGCUUUAGUAGAGCACUCUUUUAAAUUGAGCUGGAAAAUCACAGAUUUUCUAUUAUUUUUUACAUAUUGUGCAAUAUUUCGCAUGGUGACCGUAAGGACAUUUAUACCAAAAAUCGAAUAGACUGCUCAGAUUAAAACUUUUGGGUAGUCAUACUUGUAGUGCCGUGUCGCAACCUUUUGCGUGGGAUAUUUUUUGGAAGUAAACAAGAGCCCACGUAAACCUUUAAAGAAAUAUAAUCUGUUAAAGUUUUACAAAUGUUAUCUUAUUUUUUAAUAAAUGUUUCAGUUUGAAUAUAUUUGUUGGUAUGUUUUGAAUAUUUUAGAUAAUGCAAGUAAAUAAAAAAUAAAUAAACAUUUAAAAAACGACACUAAAAUUUUCAAAGCAUUAAACAAAAAAUAUGCAUAAAGCUAUUAAGCAGUUUGUGUAUGAAAAAACUAAGCAAAACUUAAAAGUCAAACUUUGCAAAACAAAGAAAUAAAACAGAGAAGAAUUAAUAAAAAUUAAAAACAAAAAAAUUUCAUCGACAAAAUAAAAAGGCAACUUGUUUCAGAAUUUUACUCAAAAUUUUUGUAAGCAUAACAAUUUCAAAGCAAAACUGCAGAAGGCAGCUAAAAUUAUAAAUAAUAGCGUAACUUAGAUUAAAUGCGUAGAGAUUGAGGUAAUCUAGAGAUAUAUUCUUUUACGUAAACAAUAACUGCAUUGAAAAAGCAUUUGAAUUUAUAAAACUUGAAUUGAAAAAAAAAACGAAAAGUAACUGUUAGCAAGAGCAACCUAUAAAACAAGCUCUGUGAAAAUAUUUUUGCUUUUAAUUGGCCAACACAACUUGCUUAGUGACACAGAUAACAAAAACUCAAAAAUUCUCAACAGCAAGCAUUUUUCAAUAUUGAAAAAGAAAAAAGUUAAAAUCUAACAUACAUAACCCUUUUGCGUAAUGUACACAAACUCCAUACUAAAAUUGAAAACAAAGUUGAAAACUAUUUAUUCCUCUCACUGUCUAUGUACAUGUAGAACUGUCUCUGUGAACUGUCUAGAAAACAUUACACAAAUGCAUAAAAAGUAAAGUAUAUUAAGAGCAUUGAGCACUUAUAAUAAACGAAAAUUUGCAUCCAAAAGCUAGGCUUAUACGUGCAUAACGCCGUAGUUAAGCAAACAGAAGCUACUGAGAUGAGACAAGAGAAUGCAAGUUGGGCACUCUCUGCAGCAGCUAAUAAAAUGAAAAAUAAACAAGUAAUUUCAAAAUAUCGCACAGCCGCAGAUAAAGUGUUAUUAUCGAAUUGUAAAAUAACAAAAGAGCUUCGCUCCGGUCGAUCUUCAUCGAUAUUUAACUAAUAUAUAGCAAAAAAUAAAUAUGAACUCUCAUAAACUCCCAGAGAAUGGGAAACAAAAAAACAAAAACAGGAGUAUAAAAAUAUUGCUAAAUAAUAGCUAAAAAUUAGAGAAUAAAUACAUGCAUAAAAAUUCGAACGAUCAAACAACAAAGAAAAACCGAACUAAAAAAUUAUGUAUAAUAAAAUUUAUGGAAACUGCAUAUAAACAUUUAAAAAUAAAAUAUAA